CUUGGCGAUACAGAAGAAAUAAUGGCAUCGAAGGUGACAUUCAAGAUUACGCUCACAUCCGAUCCCAAACUGCCUUUCAAAGUAUGAUGCAUCAUUAUUUAAGUGAUAUUCUCAGGCUCAAUGCAUAAUGGAGAGUCAUUGUAUUGAAGUACACAGCAUGAGACAGAUUCUUGAGUGCUUCUGUUUCUUCCUUGAUAAGUAUGAGCAUUGUGAAUGGAUGAGAGGAGUGACCAGAAGUGAGAUACAGGAAGCUUUCCAGUGUGCACAAGAGAUUGAAAAUAUAUGUUCUGUAUUGGAGACUAAAGGUUGUGUUACAGCAUUUGAAAAUAAACUCAUAGAGUGGCACAAAAUUAAAUAUGGCAUCACAGCACAUUAUAAAGUGCAGGAGUUUACAGCUGCUUGUGAUCUGAUUCUGUCUAACUUCUUCAUAACUUCCAGAGUUACAGAUGAAGUGUUGAUAAGUGCCACUAAUGAAUAUUUACAUAUCUGUGGAAGAGAUAGGUUUCAUUUGUUAAAGGAGAAACUGAUAUGUAAAAAACAUACACAUGAUGCAGUUACAAGUGUUAUUGAUGAACUUAAUACAACAUUUUUACUACAAAAAUAUAAGUCUGCAUUAGGUUGUGAACUGUUGAAGUCAAUUUGGACAAAGUAUGUACGAUGUGGAGAAAAAUCCAACAUUUCGAACUGUAUCCGUUCAGCCUGUACUGACAGCAGAUUUCUAGACUCUGUGUUGAGAAUAUUGGUUAAGGAAGAUUACAACGAGGAAGUAAAGAUUAUGAAGAAGAUAAUAACAGAAUCACUUGUAUUGAAAAUGAGUAUAGAGAAUGAAAGGGAUCCUGUUUUUUGGCAUGCCGUUCUUGUUACCAGUAGAAGUUUGAUUGUUGCAGUCUGUGAUUUAUACCCUGAGAUACUUUUUGUUUUGAUAAAAUUUAUUGUCUAUAUUGGAAAGUCUAUGAUCAUUGAGUUUACAGAGAGAAAUUGUAUUUGGCAUCUUGACAAGAGUGCUAAACUGAUUGCAGAUCUUUCAUUUGAUGAUUUAGUUAAUGUAGUGAGAUGUUUUUUGGAAUCUUGGGGUUUAGCUGGGAAUUAUAUGAGACGGACAUUACAGGAUUUAAAGUCUCAGCCAGGUUGUAGUGUAUGGGUGGAAGUGGAAAGACAGUGUGGAUUGCCAGUCUUGGCAAAAUGUCUCGUUUCCAACAGCAAAGAUAAGAAAUUGACUCCAACCUGAUGGAUUUAUU